CUAAUAUUUUUUUUUAAAAAAAUAGUUUAAUUGAGAAGAGAUAGUUAAAUAAAAUCCCAAAACAUAUAAAAACCCAGAAACACUAUACUCCACAUAAAAAUGGCGACAUGUUUGAGCAACACCACCCCAAAACUCACCACCACCUUCUCUUCAUCUUCUUCCUCUAAAACCCUCCAAUCUCUCUGCAAACGCUUUCCUCGCCCUAAUUUCCUUUCUCUCUCCUCCUUCUCUUCCUCUCAUUCUCUCUCUUCAUCUUCUCGCGUUUCUCCCAAAACCCUACACUUUCUCUCUCCUCAACGCCACCUUCUUCUCCGCCGCAAUUUCUCCGUUCGAGCUGAAUCAUCGUCAACUUCUUCUUCUUCCGAUAAUGACGCGCAAUACGAUUUUGACCUCUUUACCAUUGGUGCUGGUAGCGGCGGCGUGAGAGCUUCGCGUUUUGCUUCGCAAUUUGGUGCUUCGGUUGCUGUUUGUGAGCUUCCUUUUAGUACUAUUUCGUCUGAGACUGCUGGUGGUGUUGGUGGAACCUGUGUACUUCGAGGAUGUGUGCCAAAGAAGCUCCUUGUUUAUUCUUCUAAAUAUUCUCAUGAAUUCGAGGAGAGUCAUGGGUUCGGAUGGAGUUAUGAUGCUGAACCCAAGCAUGAUUGGGCCACCUUGAUUGCUAAUAAGAAUGCUGAACUUCAACGCCUCACAGGCAUCUACAAGAAUAUCCUGAAUAAUUCAGGUGUCACGCUAAUUGAAGGUCGUGGAAAGAUUGUUGAUCCUCACACAGUUGAUGUGGAUGGAAAACGUUAUUCAGCGAGACACAUUUUGAUUUCUGUUGGGGGCCGCCCAUUUAUUCCUGAUAUUCCUGGCAGCGAGUAUGCUAUUGAUUCUGAUACUGCUCUUGAUCUCCCGGAAAAGCCCAAGAAAAUCGCAAUUAUUGGAGGUGGAUACAUUAGUUUGGAGUUUGCUGGCAUCUUUAAUGGUUUGGGAAGCGAUGUUCAUGUUUUCAUUCGUCAAAAGAAGAUUCUGAGAGGCUUUGAUGAGGAGAUCAGAGAUUUUCUUGCUGACCAGAUGGCCUUGAGAGAAAUUGAGUUCCACACAGAAGAGUCUCCCCAAGCUAUCACAAAGUCUGCAGAUGGAACUUUGUCAUUGAAAACCAACAAGGAAACUGUUGAUGGUUUCUCCCACGUCAUGUUUGCAACAGGGAGAAGACCAAAUACUAAGAACUUGGGGUUGGAAGCUUUGGGGGUAAAGAUGGAUAAGAAUGGUGCCAUAGAGGUCAACGAGUAUUCUCAGUCAUCAGUUCCUUCUAUAUGGGCAGUGGGUGAUGUCACUGAUAGAGUGAAUUUGACUCCUGUUGCUUUGAUGGAGGGAGGAGCAUUAGCAAAGACUCUGUUUGCUAAUGAGCCAACAAAACCUGAUUACCGAGCUAUACCAUCUGCUGUGUUUUCUCAGCCACCCCUCGGCCAAGUUGGCCUCACAGAGGAGCAAGCCAUAGAAACAUACGGUGAUGUGGAUGUGUACUCUGCAAAUUUUAGGCCUUUAAAGGCCACAUUAUCUGGUCUUCCAGAUCGUGUUUACAUGAAACUUAUAGUCUGCGCAAAGACUGACAAAGUCGUUGGGUUGCACAUGUGUGGAGAUGAUGCACCAGAGAUAGUUCAGGGGUUUGCAGUUGCAGUGAAAGCUGGCUUGACAAAGGCAGACUUUGAUUCAACAAUUGGAAUUCAUCCCACAGCAGCAGAAGAGUUUGUCACAAUGAGGACGCCUACACGCCAAAUUCGCAGUGAGCUGCCAAAGGGUAAAAAGGAUUCCGAGUCUAAAGCUGCUGCAGGAGUUUAGGCUUGUGCACAGGCUGCAUUGGGAAUCAGAAUUAAAACACUUACCAAGUAACUAGAUGCUUGCUGUGAUGAAUCUUCCAUGUCAAUUUUGCCUCCAGAGGGUGAUUCAUCCUCUUGAUCAUGAACAAUGGAGCUUUUAUGCUUACAAAAGCCGAAGACUUCAACCAGAACUUGAAAAUCUUCAUGGUACUGGAGUUUAUUUUGUUGUAAUUAUGAAUAAUGUGCAUAUAACUGCAAUUGUGCUUACUGAAGGCUGAUUGUUCUGUUGUAUACCUCAGUUGUCCCUUGUCCUUUACCGAUUUGAUACUGUACAUUGUGAUUUGUUGGGAUCUUGAUUGAUUUUUGUUUUUGCACCAUUUUCCUUGUUCUGUUAUUUCGAAGUAGGACUGCAUUUGUAUUUCUUCAUUCGGAAAUAUGUUACCAGAUUUUGACAAAGCAAUAAUUCAUGAGUUGUUUAGAUUGUUUAGUGA